AUGGACUCUCGCUCUCGUGCCUGCUACAACUGCGGUGACGCUUCUCACCAGGCCAAGGACUGCCCCAAGAAGGGUACCCCUACCUGCUACAACUGCGGUGGUGAGGGCCACGUCAACCGCGAGUGCCCCAACCCUCCCAAGGAGCGCACCUGCUACCGCUGCGGCCAGCCCGGUCACCUUUCUCGUGAGUGCUCCCAGGCUCCCCAGGGCAACAGCUUCGGCGGUGCCCCCGGUGGUGGUUCCCAGGAGUGCUACAAGUGUGGCAACGUCGGCCACAUUGCCCGCAACUGCCCCCAGGGUGGUAACGCCUCCUACGGUGGUGGCUUCGGUGGCAACUCCUACGGCGCCCGUCCCCAGACCUGCUACUCCUGCGGUGGAUUCGGCCACAUGGCUCGUGACUGCACUCAGGGACAGAAAUGCUACAACUGCGGCGAGGUCGGCCACGUCUCCCGUGACUGCACCACUGAGGCCCGCGGUGAGCGUGUCUGCUACAAGUGCAAGCAGCCCGGCCACGUCCAGGCUGCCUGCCCCAACAACUAA